GUUUCAUCGCAUGCAGGCUGACGGUCCCGGUGCCCCCUUUAUUUCGUCGCCAGAGUCUUGCACGUCAGGUGGAUGAGUUGUUGCUGGCCGUAUCCCGAUCCCAGAGCCCCAGAGCAACAGCUUUCCCCGCAUCCCUUCGUCAGGCGAAUAUGGCAAGGGUAGUACGAUCGAGGGAAUAACGUAACCGGAUCGGAAUUUGACUGCUACAUUUUUCGACCGGACCAGAACAGAAUUGAUUCAGCGCAUGCGGUGACAAGCAGUAAUGGCCGAAAUCUCAUGGCCGCCAAAGUCCCCUCGGGAGGCCCUCUUGAGUACCCCGAAUGGUCGCAAGAGGUAUGAAGACAUGCAGCGUCGGCGCGAAAACCUGGGCUCGCCUCUGAAACGCUCCCUCACGACUCCUGACUUACGAUCCAAGGCAUCACAACUUCUAAGCGAUGGGCUGGAUGAUGGCGAGGAGGACGAGGAUGAAGAAACACUACAAUUGAAGCUGGCUGCCAUUGAGGCCCGACUCAAGCUCAAGCAACUGCAGAAGAGCCGCGCGAAAACGGGGACGCCAAAUCCUGACAGGCACGACGGAGAGGUCUUCGCUAGACCCGCUUCAGUAAUCGGUUCCUCACAGGCCCAUGACCAGUUGAUGAGCAACAUGAACGAACACCGGACGAGUAGUGAUGCCCAGCACGAUGACGUACAGGUUCCUUUGUCACCGACAAGACGUCCUGCUCCGCCAACAGACCCCGUGUCUCCGCGGAGGUAUGUGUUGGGCAUCGAUAAAGGCCUCAGAAGCAGGGAUGUAUCGUUGAGGCGCCCACCAAGCUCAAAGGGAGCAGGUCAGCCAGCAAGUAGGCCGGGGACGCGAGAUGGUUUAGUCUCUCAUUCUGGCAAUCUUUUGCAGGCAAUAACCGUGGGUGAACGCAAUCGUCCUAAGAGUUUCAGUGAACGAAUGGCCGAGAGUCGAUCCGUUGAGGUAUCUCGAAGAGAACGAGCAGCGCGGGCAGAGCAGAUACAGGCAAAUCGAAGCUCUGCAUUCCAGAUUGACAAGGCCGAGGUGGAGGCCUUCAAGGCAGCCGCUGAGGCAAGGAAAGACGCCCCAAAAUCACCGACGAGAACUCGACAAACCGAAAGCUUUAGUCGAGACGACGUUCUACGAUCAUACAAUAACCUCAAACCGUCGCUGAAAAGGAGUCAAAGCCAGAUCACCCCAAGCGUGCGGAAACAUGAUGAAAAUGAACCCAAAGACUCCAGGCCGUACUUUCACCGACGAAACCAGAAGUCUGAGUCAGAAGUGCCUGGCAGCUCUCAGCACAGUGCUACUGAUGAGUCCCAAGGCGAGAAGAGCGGUGACUCCUCCAAAUUCGAGGCCUUCUCUUCCUUGCACCUGUCAAACCGCAUCUUACCCCAUUCGUUCUUAACUCGAACUCUGGAAGACAAGAAGGCUCUCCGGAUUCCCGAUCUGCUUCGUACAGUGAAGGCACCUGACUUUGAGCUGCCGGAGGACAUCGACACGGACUUUGUGGUCUUCGGUAUCGUCGCGUCGAAAUCCGAGCCUAGGCAAAUCAAACAACCCGGCAAUGCGACCAAGAAGGAGGUUGAUCCAUUCGACGACGGCACGAACAACAGUAGCCAAUACAUGGUGAUUACCCUUACAGACUUGAAGUGGACGAUCGAUCUCUUUCUUUUCGAUACAGCCUUUCCACGCUACUACAGAAUCUCUGAAGGGAUACUCAUUGCCAUCUUAAACCCUACCAUCAUGCCACCACCUAAGAACAAGAUAGACACCAACAAAUUCAGUCUCGCCAUCUCUUCAUCCGACGAUAAGAUCCUAGAGGUUGGUUACGCGCAAGACAUCGGGUUCUGCAAGGCCGUCAGGAAGGACGGCAAGACAUGCCACUCGUGGGUCGAUGGCCGGAAGACAGAAUUUUGCGACUUCCAUGUCGACUUGCAAGUCCGUCGAACACAGGCACAUCGGAUGGGCGUGAAUGGCGGCACAGGCAUGUAUGGGCCCGGUGGCCGAUCAGGCUCUCGGACCGGCUUCUACAGCGGGGACAAGAAAGGCCGUCCGCAGAACGGAUUGAAGCCGAACGGUGCCAGAUACGACUAUCAGUCUCAAUCCACCUACUACGUUGCACCGGCUCCAAAGUCCCGAGGCAGCGGUCCGUCCUUCCAUCACCUCCCGAGUGGCCAAUCUGCUGCAAGUCUAAUCGAUGCGGAUAGCGACGACCCGUUUAUCGCUGCUGGCAUGAUGGGCCGUGGUAUGGAAAGCAAAGAAGAGCGCUUUCGCAAGCGCCUCGCGGAGAAGCAACGCGAACGCGAUAUCACACACAGGCUGAUCUCCCGUCCUGGAGGCGUCGGGGCUGAGUACCUUCGGUCACGCGAUAGCGAAAACGUCUCAUCCCCACGUCCCGAUGCCAAAUCCGAACAGGCAAAGAAAGGCGCCGCGGAUCCGCUUCCUGCUCAUAAUUUGGGCGUCUCGAGCUUCAGAAGGGCAGACACCAUAAAGCUGAGCCCAUUGAAGCGCGCCCAUGACGGCGACAGACCCCGCAGCAGCAGUAUCAAAAAGACCCGGUUUAUAACAUCUCAUGGCAUCAAGGAAGCCGGACGCGAUAGCCUGGGAGGAAAGUCCGACAUGGUGCCAAUGAACGAUGAUGAUGAUGACGACGACGAUGAACUAGACAUCAUCUAAAAGAAAACCUUUUCAGUGUUACGAAACAUAGAUACCCUCCAGUUGACCGCCAGUGGAUCAGUCAUUUCACAGAGCGACAACCAGCCCCCUAAGAAAGCCAACAAAGAUAAAAAGAACAUGUUAACAGGAAGAAAUGACACAAUCCCACCCACAACAUUCACUUAAUUCAAACCCCACAUCAGGACCUCUCAGAGAGCAUUGGAAUUCACUCAUUUCCCUUCCCUAAUCCAACCCAACCCAACCCAUAACGAAUGAAUGAACGCUUGACUUUGACUUCCACCACACAUGAACUACCUACCUACCUACUCACUUAAAAUAUUUCCAUCACUCCUUUCUUCCCUUUGCUUAAUUCUCUCUGUGUAUGAAUAUUCCCAUUUCUUCUCUCCAUCCACGUCCCUCCUCUUCUGGCAGACUAUGUGUGAGAGAGCAAGUGUAUUAGUAACUUUUGUUUAUUUAUGAUAUCCAUUGAAUCUGAUUUUAG